AGAGCUGCAUUUCGAUUGCAAUAUCGAGACUCUCUCCCAUUAUUGUUGUGAAGAACCCUCGCUGACUUCGUGCCUUCGCCGUUCCGCUCCGCUGCGUUGUCGUUUGCUGAGACCCUCUUCCGCCAUUCCCACCCCGCUCGCUGGAAGAAGUCUGCUGUCUGAUCUCACCAAAAAAGAUCACCAUAGCACAAGCAAUCACGCAGCGAGCGACUAACGCGGAGGCGAUGGAGGGAUCCAAGAAGUUUGAGGAUGCGGCCCUGCGGGGUAUCACGCGCCAUCAUGUGUGGAAGAGCCGGACCAGUGACUUGACGGUGAUUAACCUCCGCGACCCUAGCGAGUUGUUGACCACGCAGGAGCCGGCCCCGCCCCUGGCGCUGGCAGCGGCGGCGGCAGCAACGGUGGCGGCCGAAGUGAAGCGGCAGGCCGCCCCGUCCUCGACGCCCCAGCAGCCGCGGCCUACGACAGGAAAGCAAGAAAGUUUGAGCGCGCUCCUGUCGAAGCUGCAGCUGGGCCGCCCAGCCACGGAGGCCGUGACCCAUCCCAAGGCAGCGCACAUGGCGACCCCUGCGGCCGCCCCCGCGGCAUCGUCCGCGUCCCCUUCUGCGCCGUCUUCGCAGCCACUCGCACCCGCCGUGGCGUCGCUGGUCAUGUCGUCGGCCGCCGCGGCCGCAUCGCCCGCCUUGUCGUCUCUGUCGGCUGCCCCACCGGUGCACGUCGUGGAGACGCAUCACCCGACCUUUCCUGACCUGAAGGAGUCAUCGUCGCCCGCGGUGGGCCAAUUUGAGUUCAUCACCGGAACGAACAUCCCCGGCCAGGGCGUCGUGAAGAAGACGGAGGGCCUGAACGAGGUGUCCAGCAUGGCACUCUUCCACGACCCACUGUGGGGAGGGUCUUCCCUGCUGGAUGGCUUCGGAGCCGCCCCGCCGCCGGUGAAGAGGUCGCCGAAGCCGCCGUCCCGCACCGCGCUAUCGGGGCUGUACGUCACGGCCGCGGCCACCACCGGUACCACCGCUAACAUCAGCAUGAACAACACGGGCACGUCCACUGCACACCUCUUCAACACGACGCCGCCGGCUGCCGUACACACGCCGGUGGCCUCGCCACCCGUGCCGACGAUGGCGCCGCAGCCCAUGCAGAUGAUGGGCGGAUUGGUUUCUGCCCCCCCGCUGGCCACCUCCUACCCGAUGUACACGAUGCCGCUGCAGUACGUGGCUCAGCCACAGUUUCCAGGCAGUGUCAUGUACAACUCGGCCGCGUUUUUCCCCUACGGUGCCACGGCGAUGAUGAUGCCGCAGCCGCAGCACGUGCAGCAGGGCUAUCCCGUGGCCCCGGCAGCCGUGAUGCGGCCCGGGACGAACAUCAAGGCGAUGCCCUUUGUGCCCGGAAGCACGAUGUAA